AUGGGUGCUGUCACGGAUGGGCGGGACAUUUUCAUUGUGAUCUAUCUAUCUAUCUAUCUAUCUAUCUAUCUAUCUAUCUAUUUAUCUAUCUAUCUAUCAAGGCAUUCAUAUCUAUUUCAAGCUAUUCAUACCUACCUACCUACCUAUCGCAUUCUGUUAAUAUCUAUCUAUGCCAAGCCGUUCAUAUCUAUCACUCAUCUUGGUAAUAUCUAUCUAUCUCAACCUGUUCCUAUCUAUCUAUUUAUCGAUCGAUCGAUUUAUCUAUUUCAAGCUGUUCAUAUCUAUCUAUCUAUCAAGGCAUUCAUAUCUAUUUCAAGCUAUUCAUAUCUACCUACCUACCUACCUACCUACCUAUCGCAUUCUGUUAAUAUUUAUCUAUCUAUGCCAAGCCCUAUCUAUUUCAAGCUCAACCUGUUAAUAUCUAUCGCAACCUAUUCAUAUCUAUCUAUCUAUCUAUCUAUCUAUCUAUCUAUCUAUCUAUCUAAGACAUUCAUAUCUAUUUCAAGCUAUUCACAUCUUCCUACCUACCUACCUACCUACCUAUCGCAUUCUGUUAAUAUCUAUCUAUCUAUGCCAAGCCGUUCAUAUCUAUCAUCGACCCUAUCUUUCUAUGUAUCUAUCUAUUUCAAGCUGUUCAUAUCUAUCUAUCUAUAUAAAUCUGUUAAUAUCUAUCUACUGUUACUCCAUAAUAAUCUAUCUAUCUAUCUAUCUAUCUAUCUAUCUAUCUCACUCUGUUCAUACCUCUGUAUUUCACCUAUUCAUAUCUAUUCUAUCUAUCUAUCUAUCUAUCUAUCUAUCAUCUAUCUAUCUAUCUCAGUCUGUUUCUAUCUAUUUAUCUAUCUAUCUAUCUAUCUAUCUCAGUCUGUUUCUAUUUAUCUCAGCCUAUUCAUAUCUUUAUCUAUCUAUCUAUCUAUUUAUAUCUAUCUAUCUAUCUAUCUAUCUCACCUAUUCAUAUCUAUCUAUCUAUCUAUCUAUCUAUCUAUCUAUCUAUCUAUCUAUCUAUCUAUCUAUCUAUCUAUCUCAGUCUGUUCAUAUCUAUUUAUCUCAGCCUAUUUAUAUCUAUCUAUCUAUCUAUCUCAGUCUGUUCAUAUCUAUUUAUCUCAGCCUAUUCAUAUCUAUCUAUCUAUCUAUCUAUCUAUCUAUCUAUCUAUCUAUCUAUCUAUCUAUCUAUCUCAGUCUGUUCAUAUCUAUUUAUCUCAGCCUAUUUAUAUCUAUCUAUCUAUCUAUCUCAGUCUGUUCAUAUCUAUUUAUCUCAGCCUAUUCAUAUCUAUCUAUCUAUCUAUCUAUCUAUCUAUCUAUCUAUCUAUCUAUCUCAGUCUAUCAUAUCUAUUUAUCUCACCUAUUCAUAUCUAUCUAUCUAUCUAUCUAUAUCUAUCUAUCCCAGUCUGUUCAUAUAUAUUUAUCUCAGCCUAUUCAUUAUCUAUCUAUCUAUCUAUCUAUCUAUCUAUCUAUCUAUCUAUCUAUGUUCAUAUCUAUUUAUCUCAGCCUAUUCAUAUCUAUCUAUCUAUCUAUCUAUCUAUCUAUCUCAGUCUGUUCAUAUCUAUUUAUCUCAGCCUAUUCAUAUCUAUCUAUCUAUCUAUCUAUCUAUCUAUCUAUCUAUCUAUCUAUCCCAGUCUGUUCAUAUCUAUUUAUCUCAGCCUAUUCAUAUCUAUCUAUCUAUCUCAGUCUGUUUACAUCUAUCCAUCUCUCUAUCUGUCUCUGUCUGUUCAUACCUAUAUCUCUCUCUAG